GCUGUUUAGCACUCCCUACUCUCACUUCUCUUUCAGACAGCUUUAGACAGCUACUGACCCUGUCGCGUGCUUUUUGAUUUCUCAAUUAGUGGUUUGUUUCUACAUCUAGUUAUGGGCCCAGAAUAACGUUUUUUUUUUAUGAGGUUUAAAAAUGGCCACUCAAAAUUUAUCUGCUAAUGAAUUGAGGGAUUAUGCAAAGUUUAAUGGAAUUAAUUUUCCCCAAUGGCGGUAUGGUGUCAUGCUCAAACUCAGAAGGAAGAAGUUGGAAAAACUUGUGCUCGGACAAGAUCCAAAACCAGCAGAGACGUUUAACGAUGAAAAUGAAGUAACGAAUCAAGAUGUUAUCGACACUUGGAUUGAAAGAGAUACUGAUGCCUGUUCCAUUAUUUACUACAAUAUCGAGCCAAUAUAUCAAACUUCAAUUGAAGGAUCUGCCACGUCAGCUGAAAUGUGGAACAGGCUGGCUCAGGAAUAUGCACAAGUAGCAGUGGCUAAUUCAAGUCAACUCACAGCAAAAUUCUUUCAGUAUCUAAUGGACCCUGGACACACUGUAUCAGCUCAUGUCAAUAGAAUGAGACAGAUGGCAGAAGAACUCAAGAGUGUUGAGGCUCCCGUCACCGAUCAACAACUUAUUGAGAGGAUCCUUCAAACGCUACCUCCGAGCUACUAUAACUUUAUUUCGGCAUGGGAAAGUGUUCCGCUUGCAGAGCGUUCGAUUUCCAGUCUUACAUCACGUCUAAUACUUGAGGAAACAAGAAUGAAAAGCAGAACCAACGGACCAAAUCCGGCAGAUAUUGCCUUUUUGCGUCUCACCCGAACAACAAGCAACAGCAGGCAGCUGAUUGUAAUUCAGAGAACGCCUACGCAGCAAGCAAAAGUUAUAAUGGUGUUAGAGGAGGCUAUCCAGGCUUAAGAGGUAAUC